GCCUCACUACGCCAGUGGAUAAACAAAAAUGAGUCAGUCAACGGUUUCUUGUCUGCCCGUAAACACAGCGAAAAUGUCGAAAGCAAAGAAGGUCUUGGAUGAAGCCCGGGAAACACAAAACCGGGAAUUGGACCUGGUCGACAAGGGUCUGGUGUCCUUCGAGGAGCUUCCAGGAUUGUUCAACAUGUCCAAUAUAACGCGCCUCACAUUGUCGCACAACAAGAUCAGUCUGAUCAAUCCGGGAAUUGCGAAUCUGUUGAAUCUGGAAAUAUUGAAUCUCUCGAAUAAUCAGUUAACCGAGCUGCCAGUUUCCCUCUCAUCCAUGCCAAAGUUACGUAUUCUGAAUGUGUCCAUCAACAAGUUGGGCAACUUGCCGCGUGGUUUUGGCGCUUUUCCCGUUCUCGAGGUGCUCGAUCUGUCCUACAACAAUCUGAAUGAACAAGUGCUGCCUGGCAAUUUCUUCGGCAUGGAGACACUGCGUGCCUUGUAUCUGGGCGACAACGACUUUGAGUACAUACCAAAGGAACUGGGUCAACUGAAGAACUUGCAAAUCCUCGGUCUUCGGGACAAUGAUCUGCUCGAGUUGCCACGAGAAGUCGGUGAACUGCAACGACUACGCGAAUUGCACAUACAAAACAAUCGCCUGCAGGUCCUGCCCCCAGAGGUUGCCCAGUUGGAUUUGCUGAGCAACAAGUCGGUAAUGAAAAUGGAAGAAAACCCCUGGGUGAAUCCCAUUGCAGAGCAGUAUCUGUUGGGUAUCAGCCAUGUGAUUGAGUACCUCAAGACGGAGACCUACAAAAUCAUUUACAAUCGCCAUAUGCAAGGAGGACGCAGCGGUCCACCCCCGCCCAAAGCUGAUAAGAGCAAGAAGGCAUCCAGAAUACGUGCUUAGUCCAACAAAGGACCAGUCGAGUCGCGACUUCUCUCAACCUUUUUGUGUGUUCGUCAUUGUUAACCAAAAAAUGUUUUUGUAUACUAAUUUUUAAGUAUUCGUAACUUAACGUCGUAAUUUUUGUUGUAAAGUGCCUUGAGAAUUGCUAACAAAUGUGAAUAAAGUAUGUUAAAUAUUUCACCCGGAAAAGAGAAUCAGAAAAAAUUCCUUUUUAAGAUCUCUACGAGGGACUAUAUUGACAUUAACUAAA